GCGGUGUGGCGGUAGAGGAGGUCCCGCACCACAGGCGACAUGUUUCGGGCCCCGGAGAGCGAGGGCGCCCGGGCCGGCUCCAGGGCCAUGAAGCCCCCGGGAGGAGAGGCCAGCAAUCUUUUUGGAAGUCCAGAAGAAGCUGCUCCUUCCAGCAGGCCCAAUAGGAUGGCAUCGAAUAUUUUUGGACCAACCGAAGAGCCUCAGAACAUCCCUAAAAGGACCAACCCUCCAGGGGGGAAGGGAAGCGGCAUCUUCGACGAAUCCACGCCUGUGCACACUCGACAGCGUCUGAACCCACCUGGCGGGAAGACCAGUGACAUUUUUGGGUCCCCAGUUGCUGCCACUUCUCCUCUGGCACACCCAAACAAACCCAAGGACCACGUGUUCUUAUGUGAAGGAGAAGACCCCAGAUCGGGCCCUAAAGCCACAACAAGCACGUCGCCCAGAGAAGAGGCGGGUGAGAAGGGAGGCCCUGGAGAAGCGGGCCGCGCCCCACAGCCGGUGCCCAUGCCCACGGGUGACAGCCAUGAACCCAGGUUGGGCCCGCGGCCGCGUUCUCACAACAAAGUCCUCAACCCGCCUGGAGGCAAAUCCAGUAUCUCCUUCUACUAAGAGGGGCUGCUGCUUCACCUGUAGCCAGACGAGGACCCCAAGAGAUAGGAUUUCAAAUACUGUAGUUUCUUUUAGCCCAAAGGAGCCAAGUGGGGAGAGGGUCUGCUGUGCCCCUGAAGCCACUGCUCGCGGAGCCGGCGGACCUCGCCCACGGGCUGCCAAGACCUGGCCUGGUGGGGAUAACACGGGACUCACUUGGAACUGCAGACGGGACGGUGCUCUGCGAGGGGCGUGCAGCAGGUGGUGCAGGGCCACGGGAGGCCUGGUGGGGUGGGCUGGCCAGCGGGGGCCCGGGGGUCACUAGCACAGUAGCAGUUUCCGUUUAAAGCCUUGGCAGGAAAAUAAGAAACGACCUGUGUAUUGCUGUAGGACGGAGGAACAAGGCAUAGGCCGAAACACUACGGCUGGGGGUCGGGGUGCUCUGGCCCCUCGGGUCCUCACCCCGUUCGCCUCGGGACAGCUUCCGUCCCCGGGAUAGCCUCUGCGGGCCCCACUGCCCCCUCCGGUCAGCCCCACUGUGUUGCUCGGCAACUGCCUGAGCCGCCUCGGCCGCUGGUCCUUGGCAGCUAUCAGCAAACACCAAAACGUCGCUCUCGGUCUCAUGCUUUACAGUAAGAUUUUGUGCUCUGAUCUCUGAGGUGCUUCAUUUCUGCCAUCUAAAACCUUGGCCAGAUCUUACGUAGGAACCUCUGCCUUUUACACCCAGGCUGGUUUUGCUGUGAAUUGUUCCCGCUUUUCCUCAGCGGCCUCCCUCGAGGCCCGCGCCCAUGUCCGGGGCUGCAGUCGGCUCCCUCGUCGAGCCGCAGUUCUCCCCAUGGCACCCCCCCAUCUGUCGAACUGUCCUCAUGCAUGCAGGCAAUGGGGUGACUGAGACCCUUCAUGUUUCGUCACUCCUCUUGACGGUGGGAAGAAGAGGCACUUCAGAACCUUGGGUUCUUCAGUUCGAAUCUUUAAAAAUACCUGAAGAGCUUUUCUAAAACACCAGCUUUACGUAAGUGACCGCUGACUCUGCCCUGUUUCUGACGCCUUUCUAGGAAAAAGGCAGUUGGCUCAGGUACAACCAAGAGGAAGGAACUUUGCUUGCCUGCUCUUUAUAAAGCUUUGUGGAACCUCUGGACCAUACUCAGUUUCCAGAAGGAGCCUGGAGACCUUGGUCCAGAAAAUUGACCAGUUUGACAUUGAAGGCUCAACGGGCCGAUUCCAUGAUGCUCGUUGGCAGAGAUAAUGGGCUGGCCAGAGUGUCUCAGUCCCAGCAGCAAAGUUUCUCCCUGUUGGACCCUACAGGGCAGCAGUCUCAGUCCUACACCUCAUCGUGUCGGACCAACAGUUAACAAGAGGACAGGCUUUGGGUGGGGGUACGUCCUGGUGUGAGUGCCUCCCAAGCUAACCCUGGGUGCUGAAAAUACUGCAUCACGCUGGAAACGGAGAAAAGCCACACCACUGUUUCCACGCGCCCACCGUGGCCUAGUCACUGAAGUGCCUGCGGGAGCUCCUGCCGAGCUCUGCCUCUUACACCGGGCACGCUGGGGGACCUGCACGUGGCUUUGUCAACCAAAGACCCUUUGUUUACCCCCUUCCAACUGUCCUGUUCACUCGGGAGGCUAGAAACUUUCCAUGUGACUCUCUCAAGUACUUCCUGUCUCCACCCUUCAGAUGGCCACUUAGAGGAAAGUUGUUUGGAAUUCAGAGCAUUUUUCCCCCAUUAGGAAAUCUCAUAAAUGGUAGUUAGGGUUUAAGCCCAAACACACUAACUUUUGCUUAACAAUGCAACAUUCUCAUGAUAGAAAUGAACUACCACUUAUGACUGUGUUUUUUGUGGUUUUUAAUACGCAAGAAAAUGAUCUCUGGAUGCCGAAUUGGCUUCAAAGGAACUCUGACAUCGUGCUGCCAGCCCCUGUGGCUGCGGCCCUGUCCCCUCUGUCCACCUAGUCCUGUCCACCAGCAGGGGUCACGGGUGCGGAUGGGGAGCAGUGGUGGGGAUGGAGGCAGAGAACGACUGUAGCAGAAGCCUCUACACGGUGUGCAGAGAUGCCCUCCCUCCUUUCCCCGGCCUUCCCUCCCUGGGGCCGCAGAACUGGGUUUAGAGUGCCUGGUAGUCUGGUCAUUGAGAGAAGCGGGAGAGGACUUUCUGCCCCGGUGAGCCUGAUGGAAGUGGCCAUUUAUAUUUGGGAAAUGCUCUAUACGUCGGGGACUGCCUGAGUUUGGAAAUUUAUUAACCUAGCAUUCUGUUCUCAACCUCUAAGCUGCAUUUUGAAAUUAUUAGUCUGUAUUUUUAUUAAGUCUUAAAACUUUUUUUAUGUGCAUUUGGUGCCAACUUUUUUCUAGAGCUAUAUCAAAAACAAGCCUGUACUCACAUCACAAUAUAGUUUUGAUAGGGGCAUUUUGUUGUUUUUACAAGGCAGGAUUGGGUAUAACCGUUGAAUUAAACUUAGCAAUCAUGUA